AUGAACUUCAGGAGCCUCACAAGCUUCUGGAGAAAAGGAGCUAAGAAGGGUGCCGAGAACAGAACCCACGGCAACCCCAACUCCCUGCAAGGAGUUUCAUUGCAACAACAACAACAACAGCAGCAACGACCGCAAGGACAUGGCGCCAUAGGGCCCUUUGAAAACAAGCAGGCCGCGUUGCAUUAUGUUGCCAGUGUUUUGGAAUCGGCCGAGAGAAAUGCUUCAGCCAUGUCCUCCUCACACCCUGAGUUGGAUUACAUGGGUUCUGGAAGGACCACAGGUGCCGCAACAGCAGAGUCGUCAACGAGUGUAUUUUCAGCUUGUUGUGGAAACUCCACGAAAGACUACAUGCAUGCAUUGAGGCAUGAGAGGGAGGACAUGCUAGCCACGCUCGAACUUUGCCUGCUCGCAAUACCAGAGGAGGUGGCAGGGGCCGGUGGUGUCUGCGAGAAGAAGGGAGAAGCAGAACAUGACCAGGCAACAGUGGGUGAGGCACCUGCGCCGUCGCCUGCGGUGUCGAAUAACGAUCUGCAUAAUAAUAAUGACACAAGAAUUAUUACACAAGAAGGCUGGCGUUGGCUGGUGCAUCGAACAGUGAGAAUACUUUUUGAGUUGGAUCGCGAUAUUUACACGGAUGCGAUGAUGCGCUCUCGGCAGUCGUGGUCCACACUGACGUCGCUGGGUUCCACUCCACCAACACCUGGCAUGGCGCUUUCCACCCGUCCCGUGGCGUCUCUGACAAGUCUCACGGUAGACGGGAGCGAGAGCCCAGGCCUUGUGGCUCUUCAACAAGCGGCCCAGUCCAAAAAAGGGGCGCCAGUCACGAGCUCUAAAACGGCUGGAGAAACCAGCGGUGAAGCCAGGCUGAAUGAGAUACGGAACACGGAGGAAAAGAUAGAUUUAGUCAAGUCCCUCACCACAUGGGUCAUUAUGCAGCACAUCUUGCGGCGCCAACUUGCGCAGCAGGAUUCUUUCGCUUCCUCAUUGGUUGAGGCUCCGCCAUCGGUUGCGGAACACGAGACGGCGUCUGCUAUUCCGGUGCAUUGGGAAGACAUAGUAGAAGAUCUCAUGAAGGCCUUGGGGACGAAUCAAAGAAAAGCUGCAGAAGUUGCCAUCUCACUCUGGGUGUUGCGUGAUGCUUCCGGCAAUGAGCUGGUUCAGUGUAUUCUACAAAACUUCAAGCGCGGCCUUGUUAGCGUGCCCGAGGGCAAACCGCAGGUUCCACCAGACGCGGCCUUGGUGAAUAAACCUUCUGAGGCCCAAACGGUCUCGCAACACACAACUUUCUUGAUGGAUCGCGAUGCCGACUCCGUUUCGCUGGAUGACAUUCUGGAGGAGGUGGAGAAUGUGUAUGGGCGAAGCGUCGUCAUGACCUGGGUGACCUACCUUGAACAGCCGUCAUCUGCCUCGACGAUGCCGAAGGCCGAUAAUCAGGACGUCACUUCACCCUCGUUUGACCUCUGCCACUGCCAUAGGAUGGCCAUCUAUGCCCUAUGCUCGCCGUACUGGAGUGAGGAGAAGCGGCAGCAGACUCUGCAGUUCCUCCAAAAAGCAUGGGAUGAAAUACAGGAACUAACUGUAAUGAACGAGACGAAUAAGGAAAGCCACUUCGCACCUGUCGAGUUAAUUAGGUCGCAAAGCACCUCUGUAGAUGUGUACGGCGGCGCCAAUGCCGCUCUCCCUGCGGUGGAGGGCGUCGUUGAUGGUAGUGACGCCUUGCCGGAGGACCAAAAUAAGGUCUCAUGCGUGUCGCAGUUAACACCGGAAAGAGCAACAACCGGAAGUGAUGUGGAAAAUCAGUCUUUUCACUCUUUAUUAGUGCAUUCCCUGCGUGCAAACUCUGUGCAAGCCGCUGUACCAGUGGCUGGAGCCAGGCCUUCAAUAUUUGAAGAAGAUUUGCUGCAGGUUGUGACGCAACAAUUAUGGGCAGUCGUCUUGCACCUGCGUGUGGAGCAGUGCUUGAACACCUCUACGCCACGCCUUGAGGAGGCAGAGCUCUUUGCGCGAAAGGAAGGUGAAUUCUCAUUGGCGAGUUACUCUUUUUCUUGCAGACAAGCUGCCCGUGAGUCGCUUGUGAGGCUACGCAUUGCCACUGGGGAUUACCCUGAUGCUCUCAAGGCAGCCCAUGCCCACUUUGCCAAUGCCAAGAAGGAGUGGUCAUAUGGAAAGAAGUGCCGCGGUUGCGGUUUAAACUAUUUGAACUCCAUGGUGCUUCUGGCACAGGCGCAGGAGGUGUCCCGCAUGGACACCUCGAUUCUUGAAACGAUCCAGCUCGCCCUUCCACAGGCUGAACUUUGUGAGCAGGCGUUUCAAGAUUUUCCCUCGACAAGUGGCACUUCCGUGGUGCGCCACGCGACUGUUCAACAUGGGGUUUACUCUGCGAAGCUCUUCCUCCUUCGCGCCAUUUGGCGUGCCUACUAUCGCAUGGGUGACGCCACCAACACUGCCAAGUACUUUGAGCAGUAUUUGGAGUAUGUAAAGCAUGUCCGUCGGUCAAGACGAGGUGAAGACGUGUAUGUGGCAUUGAGGGAAAGAGGCGAACAGCUUGAGGUGGAGAAACAAUACGGCAGUGCGGUGUUAGCCUUCCAACAGGCAGUUGAAUUCGCAAAAAGUAUGACACAGGCCUCAUCCGUAGCAGCACCCCCACCACCACAGGCAGUAGCAGCAACAGCAGCAAAGGGACUGCGAACGAUCCCUGAUGCCACUGUUCCUGAUGGGACGGAUCCAGAAUCUUUAAAGGUCAAGGAGUGUGAGCUGAAGAGGCUUCGCCGCGAGGCGGAAAGCGAACGCAACCUCGCUCUUGCCUACGUGUUACAGGCGGAGCACGAGGUUAACGUGCGCCUUCGUCGUCAGCAGCUCAGUAAUGCAGUAAACAGCGCGUACGCGGCACAAAAUGCGCUGCAACGCUGCAUCGCCAAAGUGAAGCCCCCGUCUAGUCGCACCCUGGUCGACGUCACCGCUUCCCUCGUCGUGGCCGCAAAGGCUUUGCUGCGUCUUGAGCAGCCCAAGAAGGCGGCGCUCCUGCUGGAGCCACUCAUUGGGGAUAAAGUCAACUCGGCCUCUGUUCGCCCGCCCUUGUGGUCCGAUGCGCUACCGGACCCCACGCAGCUCAUUCCGGCCUGUGAACUGGAGGAGCGCGUAGAGACGCUCCGGUUGAGGUUAAAGGCAUAUGACGUUCACACGCAGUGCCUAAGCAAGUUUGAUGGCGAACGUGCUGCUUGCGAAAUCACACGCAUGCGAGGUGCUUUGGAAGAGGUGAAGCAGUGGGCAAGCACGCAGCUUUUCACCUGUCAGGGUAAGGAGGAGAUGGCCUCGAAAGAUGAACUCUUGCCAAUGCUUUUCGUAAGCAAACGGCUUCUUACUGAAAUUUUAAAUGAGACGAAUGCACUACAGCCUAUUAUUACCAUCACUUGCGGUGAUGCCUGGGCCAUGUUGGGUGAAUGGGAGAGGGCACUGCAAGAGUACUCAAACGUUCUUGCCAUGUACGCUGAUAGGGAUGAUGAAAACAUUCCUGGCCACACCGGUAGCAGUAAAUCAUCCCUGACAGAAACUGAGAAGGAACGCGAAAGAGUACGAAAUAAUUGCUGUAUAAGGGAGUCAUUGGUCUUUGCAAAGCUUGCUGAGGUAUACUCCGCGUUAAACAAGCCGAAGACGGCCAUUCACUAUCAUCGUCAGGUUUUGGACUGCGCCUCAGAGGCGGGUGAUGCGUUGCUGUUGUACAACACCUAUAUCCGACUUGCCAGACUGUACACCGCGACAGAAGAAACUGGGGAGGCGGAGGCGCACUGGGCAAAGGUGAGUGCGCUCGCAAAGGAGUAUGAGGAUCAGGAGAUACUUCGUGAAACCACCCGCAACAUCAUCGCUGCGCAACGUGCAAAAGGUAGGUAUUCGGAGAUGAUCGUCACAGCAAAGGAAUUGGAUACUUUGGCGUCUGGGGCAGAGGGUGUGGAUGCUGCUGCAGAUAAACGCUUUGCGCUGGAGGCCCUGGCUGACGCUUACUUACAGCUUGGACAGUUCAAGGAAUGUAUUGUGGCCCUUGACGAACGGGAUAAGGUGCAAUACAAGUGUCGACAAUCGAAAGGAACCUUGUUUAGUACGCGAGCUCGUGCUCUUCUUGGAGACGGGGAGGUGCAAAAGGCGAUUAAGGUGCUCACGAUUUGGGACAGUGAAGCACGGCAGGCGCGGAAUUCGGUUGAAGUGGGGCAUGCCAAUGCCGUCCUCGCCCUGGCGUAUGCCUCCUGCAAACAGAUUUUUAAGGCGAAGCGACACCAUGAGAUUGCUAUUGCGGCCUUUUCGGAGGUUCCAAAUAUAAAUCCAGAUGACCGCAAUGCGGUGACAGACUCAGCACGCUGGCUCGUGCACAAUUUUUAUCUCAACUACGAGGAAGUGCCGCUCGUGGAGAAGACGGGUCGUCUGUCCGGCAGCAAGGCCACCCCCGCGACAUCCCCUUCUGCUAGCGGCAGCGGAACCGGUGGCGGUGGCGGUGAUGAGUUUCAGUUGGGAACUUUGAGUGGAGACCUUACUGUUCUCAUGCGGGAGGAAGAAAAACUUCUAAGGAAGUCUCAGGAGUCUACUAGUGCGAGUGGUGGCGGCAGCGACACGGGCGCCUUACGUGGAAAGGGCGAUGACACGGACUUCCGCCUCGACGACGACGAGGACGAUGACGGAGGGGAGGUGGUGUCAAAUAACCCCUUCGCUUCGAACCCCACCGCCAUCCUUGGCGACGGGCCUCCCGCAACCGCUACCGCCCCCAGCAGCAGCAGCAGCAGCAGCAGCAAGAGGGUGACGCUGGUACGCACGGGUCGGAUAGACGACAUUUCCGUCCCUCUCGAGAAACCUUCAACACAGUCGCCGGCAGCCACGGCAUUAGCAGCAACGCCGCCCCGGCAGUCGCUUACGACGUCGAUCGCCAAAGUCUCGCUUUGCACACGCCCAGCAUUUGUGGAAGGCGAAGUUGUUGCUUCACCUGAAACGGUCCAAGUGGAUAUUCCAGAUACUCUGCCGGAAUUCCCACCUUCUGCUGGCACAAAAGUGCAAACGCUUUGUUUUAGUCGGGCACUAGAGACCAUAGAAACAGCCGCGCAGCUGUCACUCAUGCCACUGGUGAUGCGUCAGCGUUUGAUUCCACGCAACCCAGCUGACGCGAUCGAUCUUGCUCUCUUGGCCUUUCCGCGAUGCACAUUUGUAUUUUACUAUUUAGAGUUCGCCACACAAUAUGUUGCUAUUGUUCGCCCUGCCGGACGUUCUUUUUUUCUUCGACGCUCGGUGCAGGCCUACUCGCUGAAGGAGUUUCACACUAAGAAGCAGCUGACACCACCCUCAACACGCGAUGCGGCAUCUCUGACUUGCGCCGAGUCAUUAUUGACUGCAUCUGUGGACCGUAAGGAAAAUCGACUCUCCGUGAUUGCCUCCUCACUUAGCUCCUUCACGCGACGAAGUCGGACUGGCUCCGUAGACGCCUCACUGGUUCUACCUGAUCUAACAGCCGAAGCAGCAGCUGUAAACGAGGAACUCAAGCAAGGCUUGCGGGAUCUGUAUGCAGAUCUCUGGUCCCCUGUUGGAGACACACUUCGAAUGGCCCUCUGCUUUAAUGAUGAGGCGGAAUGUUUUGCGUUUAUUCUUGACCCGACUUUGCUGCAUGUUCCUUUCCCCGCGCUGCACGACGCUGCGGUGAACUCUGAGCCCUUGUGCCAACAGUUUACAAUGGUUGUGGCACCAAGUGUUGCAAAUUUCCUUGGCAGCAUGCGGCAUGAGGAAGAGUUCUCCUUUCUUGACGCCCUACCGGAGGACAUCUGUGUGUUUCUCCCAGAAAAGACGGUGCGCUGCAUAUCAGCAGUGGAUUCACUCUCGUCAGGGAACCUUCGAGCAGACGCUGUGGCCCCGAGCAAGAUAUCAUUGGCAACAGCAAGAAGCUCUGCCACCGCCUCGCUGGAUGACCAACAUCUCUGUUCCACGGCUCUGCAUCAGGACCCGGCGAAAUGGCGCCCUGGCACUUCACAUUCCUGGACCUUGUUUACUGGAUGUACGCGUAAGGAAAUAAUAUCGGCCUUCUCGUCACCUUCGGCCCGGGUUUUAAUGGUGCUAUGUGACCCUGUUGAGCACAUGUUUAAGGUUGCUGACGGCAUGGUGCGUCUGAAAGAUCUGACACGCGGCCAUCAGUGCCUCUCGGAGUCGCUUAGCCUUGUAGUUGUUACGAAUGAUGCCUCCACUCCCACAUCUGCUGGCGAGCCAGGCGUGGCAGCACGACUAUGCCUUGAUCACGGCUGUCGCCGCGUCCUACGGAUCGAUCUGCUGCCUGGUACGAGUAUCACGGGGGACCACCAGCGGCUCGUUCAAAUUUAUCUCGACAAGCUUCGGAUGGCGCUUGAGUGGCGCAUGCGUUAUCCAUACGCCCUGGCGUUGCGCAUGACACAAGAGGAGGCGCGGCGUUGCCAAUUUCCUCUUCUCAUUUGGGGUUCACUGACACUUCUAGGGGCAUCGUGA